UUCGCACCCUAUCUCAUCAUGUGAGUAGCGCAUGCGGCCGCAAGCAGCAGUACAGCAGGUAGUACACUAUCAGUCACAUUCUAGUCGGCGCAUGAUCUCAUGACGAUAGCGCAAGAGAGGAAAUUGCAUUUCUGCGUGAAAGUGUGUAGGAGAGGAGACCAGCAUUACCAAAAAUAAUGACUCUGCAGGCGAUAAAAUGGAAGAGCGGCAAGCUGGAGAUACUCGAUCAGCUUUUGCUGCCGGCCCAGUCCAAGUACAUCGAGGUUACAAGCGUCGAGGAUGGAUGGAAUGCUAUUUACAAAAUGCAGGUUCGAGGUGCACCAGCUAUCGCUAUCGUGGGAUGUCUCAGUUUGGCUGUGGAAAUCCAGCACAAGUCCUACGAAGAUACAAAAGCUCUCCUCAAGGAUGUCAAAGAAAAGUUGGAAUACUUGGUAACAGCCAGGCCUACAGCUGUCAACAUAAAGCUUGCGGCAGAUGACUUCACACGACUAGCCACAAAUCUCAGCCACGAUGAGUCUUCCCCAGAAGACAUGAAGAAAAGAAUAAUCUCAGAGAUAACAUCAAUGCUGGAAAAAGAUGUAGCAGACAAUAAAGCGAUAGGCGAUCAUGGAGCAGCAGAGAUUCUGAAAACACACCCGAAUGAGAAGAACUUGAGGAUCAUCACUCACUGCAACACUGGAAGCUUAGCAACCGCUGGGUAUGGUACAGCUUUGGGAGUCAUACGAUCUAUUCACAGCAACGGCAAAUUAGAACAUGCUUACUGCACAGAGACGAGACCGUACAACCAAGGCGCAAGAUUGACAGCCUACGAGCUGGUGCACGACAAGAUCCCCAGCACGCUCAUAUGCGACGACAUGGUCGCUGCGCUCAUGAAAUCCAAAAACAUAUCAGCCGUCGUCGUUGGCGCCGACAGAGUAGUUGCCAACGGAGAUACCGCUAACAAGAUCGGUACCUAUCAGAUCGCUGUACUGGCCAAGCACCACAACGUACCGUUCUACGUGGCAGCUCCUUUCACGACGAUCGACUUCAGUAUCCCCACGGGUGAGGGAAUAAAGAUCGAGGAGAGGCCGGCCAACGAGUUGACCCACGUUAACGGCACAAGAAUCGCUGCCGAGGGUAUCAACGUCUGGAAUCCUGCCUUCGACGUCACCCCAGCGGAACUCAUCACGGGCAUCGUGACUGAGAAGGGCGUUUACAAGCCAGCUGAGCUCGCUGGUCUUAAAAAUUAAGGGACCGAAUAUUUUUCUAUAAAGACUAAUAAAACUAUAUUUUACGUACUCGAUA